CUGAGCCACUGUUCGCUUUUUCCUUUGCGGAACACCAGCGCUUUGCCGCGCAACGGGUCGCGGACGCACACCACGCGGACGCCGUCGUGGACGCCAUGCCGCUGGGCAUCAAUCUCUUCGGCUCCGGCCACACGGAAGAAGCACAGAAGGAGUCCGCCAAGGAGAUGGUCCGGGACUGGCAGCGGAAGCUGCGCUCCGAGGUCCGUGGUGUGGACCGCAGCAUCAGGAAGAUUGAACAGGAAGAAGACAAGAUCAGAGGAGAGAUCAAGGCGAUGGCCAGCAAGGGAGGUGAUCCCAAGAGUGUUCAGAUGCUGGCCAAGUCGCUGGUCCGAUCCAGUAAGGCCAAGGCGCGGCUGUACACGUCGAGAUCCAUCAUGCAAUCUGCGGCGGCCGAGCUGGAGACGACCGCCGCCACGAUGCGCUUGUCCGACUCCAUGAGCAAAUCCACCGAGGUCAUGAAGCAGAUGAACUCCCUGGUCCGCAUCCCCGAGAUGGAGGAGUCGAUCAGCUCGAUGAAGCGGGAGAUGAUGCGCGCGGGGUUGAUCGAAGAGAUGAUGGACGAAGGGAUGGAAGAUCUGGAUGGGCCUGAGAUGGAAGAAGAGGCGGAAGCCGAGGUGGACAAAGUCUUGGAAGAUUUGGCCGUGGAUGCCUCACUGCGAAUGGCCAUUCGACCGCAGGCGGCCACCGCCACGGCCGAAGCUGCGGGCGCCCAGUCGGUGGCCGCGCCGCAGCGUGCGGUCGCAGCCUCCGGCGGUUAUGCUUAGAAGGCCUUUGGGAGGUCGCGUCUCGCAGCCUCUCCUCCUCCCCUCUCCGCCCGAACUCAUGAAAAACUCGUUCAACCCAAUCCGGACGGGUUGGAAGGAAAGGGCGGACGGCGGUUGCGCCACAACGAAACGAACACUGGCCGGGUGCUUUCAGUGAAACUGAAGCACUGGCUCGAACACCGAAGCCAGCCAAAACGGUCAGCCGGAAGAAAAACCGCC